AUGUCUGAAGGUUAUGCUCUUCGGAGGGAGAAGUCCUGUAUGGACUAUGAAACGGACUGCGGCACAACCUGGAAUGAUUUUGUUGCAUGUUGUCCCUCCGACUCAUAUUGCCCGGGAGGAGAGAGUACAACCGUCUGCCGGAAGUCGCACGUUGGAAGUGUCCCAGAGCAAUGUGCAAACGGUACCUGGAACCUCUUCCACGCGAAUGACUUUUUUUGCUGUGAUCAAGGGGAACUCGCUAUCAAGACAGUGAACACCGGGAACAGGGACACAGAUGGAUAUGUCGGCUGUGUAAUGUCUGAUUAUGCCUCGGUGGAUUGGUUGAGUACUCUCACGGUGAUGAGAUCUGGAACAGGUAUGUCGAUUAUACACUACUUCACUAUCUAUCGCGGCAACAAAUCCUACUCUUCAUUAGCUUUCGCCACUAAGAGGCGUUUAGUGUCAUCAACCCCUACAUCUUCGGCCACUCUAUCGUCUUUCACAAGUGUUUCGACUACCUCGAGUAUUUCAACUACACAUACUGCAGAGCCUACGCCAUCCAACUCAUCGAGUCCAUCCACACCAUCAUCCAGUACCAAUACCGGGGCUAUUGCAGGGGGUGUUGUUGGUGGGGUGGCCGGAGCAGCUAUCCUCGCUGCCUUGGUUUGGUUUCUCGCGCGUCGCAGCAAGGCCGAGAAAGUGAAGUCGCCAACAAGUGCCCAAGACGCUUGGGAUAUGCGGACAGCUAGAGAUUCAUCCAAGUUCCAACAGUACCCUGUUCAGAAACUUGACGCUGGCUUAGGUCCUACACCACCACCAGUUUAUGAACUGCCAGACGCUACCAGCAACCGACAAUAA